AUGUGCUUACUUCUGUUCAUUUGCCUAUAUUUUGCAAGAGGUAUAUAUUGUUUGAAAACGUUGAAUGGUUUAUCGAGAGAUAUUAAUAAUAGUAUAUAUUUAAGAAAUAAUGUGCAUAAGAAAAAGAGGCUAGUUGAUUGCAAUUUAUGUAUGUUGAAGCAUAAGUUCCGUUUAUCUUUUUGGAAGAAAAGAUACGAUGAAAGGCCUAUUGAGGAAAAGCUAGAAGUAAUACCAGUUUUUUUGAUAACAAAUUAUAAUAGUUCACCAUAUAUAUUUCAAGAGAAUGAGAAACAAGUGUGUUAUAUGUUUCUGUGUCCAUAUGAUGCUGAAAAUAUGUUGAAUGAUAUGAUAAAAUAUAAUGGUAUGAAAUAUAAUGGUAAUAUAAAAAUUCAUAACAUAACAAUGAAGAAGGCUUAUGAAUUAAUGAAGGAAUUUUUACAACUAGAAAAAAUGGAAGUAAAUAAAGAAGAUUCAAAAAAAAAACAAAAUAUUUAUUGGAAGCUUAUAUCAUCAAAAAGACAACUACAAAAUGCUUUAUAUUAUUUAUCUUUUACAAAGAAAAGUGAAUUAAUGUAUCCUGUUUUUUAUGCAGAAAAUUUAUAUAUUCAAAAGGAUGGAUCAAAUAUCAUUCCUUUAUUUUUUGACCUUGAAGAUUUAAAAGAGGCUAUUGAGGAACAAAAGAAUAAAGCCUUAUCUAAAGUGGACUACAAAAUUAAGGUACUCAAUAUGGUGGAUUUAAUAUUUACGGAGGAUCAUAAAAAAUUUGGAUUUGUACCCAGUACACAAAGUGUGAAGUACCUAGAUAAAUUGAAUAUUGGAACAAAAAAAACAUACUUUUAA